AUGAGCUCACAGCACGCACGCGACGACAGCGACAACGAGUCAAUAAGCUCGGUCGCGAGCACUGCCGCACCGACGGUAUCUAAGGAGGGUCGCCGUACGGACAAAACGCAGUUCUUUGAGCACCAGGAAUAUGAAUUCGGUGGCCCUUGCGGCGUCGUUGCGAUGAUGCUCGGAUUUCCACUGCUCAUGUACUACUUCUACAUUUGCAUGCAGGCGAAUGAUGGCUGGUUUCUAUACCCAAAGUCGCUCGCAGAGGUUAAGCCAUUGGGCGAGUACAUGUGGCUGUAUGCCCAACAACACGCUUAUCCUACGCGCAAAGCGUGGGCAAUUUACUGCGGUCUCAUGGCGAUGCAGUUCGCUCUCGCUGUGAUUAUGCCAGGCUUCCACCAAAAGGGUCUUCCAGUACCCUCCCUCAAGUACAAGAGCCUUGACUACAACUGCAACGCUAUGCUGUCGUUCUACGCUACCAUUCUCAUCGCCAGUGUUCUCCACACCACACACACCUUCAGACUGACGGAGAUUGUCGACAAUUUCGGUGGGCUCAUGACGGUGGCUAUUCUAGUCGGCUACGCAGGCUCACUGGCUGUGUACUUCCUCACUGUGAUGUUCGGUCACCCGCUCCGCAUGAGCGGCAACUUCUUCUACGACUUGUUCAUGGGCGCUAGCCUCAAUCCACGCAUUCUGGGUGUGGAUAUCAAGAUGUGGGCAGAGGUGCGCAUCCCGUGGGUUUUGCUCUUCGGAAUUGCCGUAUCGGGUGCAUGCAAGCAGUACGACACUUUCGGCACUGUCUCACCUAACAUGGCCUUUAUGGUUCUCGCGACGGGGCUUUACAUCAACGCUUGUGCUAAAGCGGAGGAGUGUAUUCCACAGACAUGGGACAUGGCCUGGGAGAAAUUUGGAUUCAUGCUAUGUUUCUGGAAUUUCGCUGGCGUACCUUUCACUUACUGUUACCCAGUUCUCUAUCUCACGAACCACCAUCCAAGCGAAUAUGAGUGGAGCUUGAGUACAUAUGCGGUGUUAUUUGGAGUGCUUAUAGCCAGCUACUCUGUAUUCGAUCUCGCUAUGGCCCAGAAAAGCAGAUUCAAAAUGCAGCAGCAAGGUAUCACUAAGUUUAGAUUCGGAUUUCCCUACAUACCAGGCAGUACACCUGACCCAGCGACUACGCGUUACAUCCAAACGCAGCACGGCAGCAAGCUACUCAUUAGUGGACCAUGGGCUUACUGUCGCAAGCCUAAUUAUCUCGCGGACUGGAUCCAGGCUACUAGCUGGGGUAUGAGCUGCGGUCUGCCUUUCAUCGCCUCCCCACCCAUUCCCCACUGGUACGCAGUGUGGUUCUUCAUUGUCCUCGUGCACAGAUGUGAACGCGACUUUGAACGCUGCGCUGCUAAAUAUGGUGAAGACUGGGAGGAGUAUUGUCGCAGAGUUCCUUAUAAGUUUAUACCAUAUGUGUGGUAG